AACGAGUGGCCAGUAUCCCUAAUUGACGUGCUGCUUAAUCCAUAGUGGGUGGCUAAUACAAUCCUGGAUUCAAUCGCAGAUGGGCUGGACGUAUUGGCUGUUGUAGCAUUUAUUUAUAUUAUAGUAGCAUCCGAAAGCCCUAAUCACAAUCAAGGUGUGUUGUGCUAGGUGUUGUUACAAACACGUGGAGAGAGACCACCCCUACUAAGUAAUUAAAGACAAGAUGCAACAAUGGUUCUGUGAAGCUGGGGCUCUGACUUGCUGCCUCCCUGCAGCCAUGCACUCCCUCGUGUUCCUCUGUGCACAGAAGGUGGUUUCCCACCACUCCACGGUGCGCGGUGCCUUGGAGUUCAUCCCAAAGGAGUUGUAUCCAGUCUUGUUCAAGGCAGCUUUCAUGGACAAGAGGACUCUAGUGCUGCAAGAUCUGGUGCAGACAUGGCCUUUCCCAGUACUCAGUUUCCAGAAGCUUUUGCGGAAGUGUCAGCACUGUGACCGUGCUCUGCUCCAGGAGAAGCCCAACAAGCUAUGUGUGCAGACUGUCAUCCUGGGAGUGGUGGCCUACCUGAAUGAGGCUCUCGAAGACCGACUCCACAGCCAAAGCAAGAGGCAGCGCCUGCAGGUUCUGGACAUGACGGGGCUUCAGGACGAUGGAAUAGACCAGGGCCCAGAAAGCAUGAGCCUGUGGUCCAGGACGGUGACCCUGGCGAAAGCGUGCGUUGACGUUUCCAAACACCAGAGCAAGUGCACCAAGCGCACCUCGAAGCGGAGGAAGGGCCCCUACAGCAGCUCGGCGGCUCUGCCGCCGCCACAGCCUGUUUCUGUGGAAGUCCACGUGGAUCUCUUUGUGAACAGCACCUCUUACGGAGUCCUUAAAGACGCCUUGCAGAACAACGCCAACAGCAUGCUGCGGCUGAAGUGCCGGGACUUCCGGGCUGAGGAGCUGCCCAUUGCAAGUACCGUGGGGCUCCUGGAGUUCCUGGAUCCCACAGGUGUUCGGCAGGUGGAUCUGAGAUUCAAUAACCUGGGGCUGUCUGGCCUGAGGGUGAUUCUCCCGCACAUGGCAAAAUUCACCAACCUGGUCAGCCUGAAGCUGCCCUACAGCAACAUUGAUGUGAGACGGCUCUCGGCGGGGAUGGAAGGAAGCCUCCACUACUUCGCCACCCAGCUCAGUAGAUUGUCCUGUCUCAAGGAGCUGAAUUUGGGCUCCUCCAGGCUUUCCGGAAAGCUAAGGCAACUGCUGGGCGAUUUGCAGGGUCCCUUGGAAAGCCUGGAGCUGGCCUUCUGCUACCUGCUCCCCAAUGACCUCGCCUACCUUUCGCAAAGCCUUCACACCCCCACCCUGAAGAAGCUGGACCUCAGCGGCAACAACUUGUCUGACUCGCUUCUCCAGCCCUUCCAGCAUCUCCUAGAAGAGGCCUCCUCAUCCCUUCUCCACCUGGACAUCAUGGAGUGCCGCCUGAUGGAUAUCCAUCUGGAAUCACUUCUCCCCGCCCUGUGCCGCUGCUCUCAACUUCGCUACCUGGGGGUGUUUGGCAACCCCCUCUCUACGCGGGGGCUGAAGAACUUGCUGCAGAGGACCAUGGGCCUAUUGUACUUGCAGCUCGUCAUUUACCCCUACCCUGUGGACUGCUACAGUGAGAACCUGCCAUGGCCCCCCACCUCCUCUAACCUCUUGAAUGGUUCUGUGGAUGAAGAGAAGUUUUCCAGGGUGAGCGCUGAGUUGCAACAGAUGUUGCUGACUGCAAGCAGGACUGACGCCGUCUGGACCACAAACUUAUGCAGGCACAAUACCUUAGAUUAUUUUAAUUUGUAGCUCACCAGGAAUGCAAAAUGAAGGAGAAAACAAACUAAUCAGGCUGGUAAUUUUUAAUGCCCCUUCAAAGUUGAGCGGUUCAGUGGACGCAGCAACAACACUUUUAUACACAUUUUUAACAGCAUCUGUUUAGUGCAUGAAUUCAAAUGGAAGUUCUCUUCUCUCCUUCUGCACCUCCGUUCAGUAAAGCUGAGAUUAAAGCUGCCAUGGCUUAUCCCAGAUAGGCACAGCAAGACAGGAUAGCAAUGGCACUAUGACCCCCUUACCUUAUGUAGGUUCUUACUUGCCCUUUACAUGACUUUAGUGUAGCCCUGCAGAAUUCUUAGCAAAGUGUACUAGCCACGGUACAAAUGCAGCAGCCCAACAAUUAGAAGGCCCCUUCUAAAAACACCGAUCCAUUCCUAGCUUCUGGGCAGUCUGCUCUUGCAUGGAUUACCUCAUCUGAAAACCCCUCUCUCCACUUCUCUUCUAAUGUAUCCCAUCAUUCUCUCUCACGUGUGCGUAGGGCUUAGAAAUGUUACCAGUCAUGUAGUAGCCAGAGCACUAAACCCACUAGCCAGACAGAUGUGAAAGGUGGGGAGACCUAUAUUUAGGGACAGCUCUACUAUACUCCUGCUUGGCUUUAUGGCUGCUGCAAGUGGGGUGUCUAGUGCCACUCUAUCCUUCCCCCAGCCUUCAUUUUGGAGUCCUCCUGUGAACUGAAUAUUUCCUCCAUCUCUGCUGUUGCAUGGAGCUUUCCUAAGAUGUAACAAAAUAAAAUUGGCUCAGUUCUUAUCCAUUUCACAGCUGCUUGCAGAGUAUAGUAGUGGUGAGACUGACAACACCCCUGUGGGUUUUCACUCUGCUGCAGGUGCAUGGAAGAUCUGAGUAACAGCAGAGGCAUCGGAGUGGUAUGCAGACUGACUGUUUUUACACUCCCCUUGUAGGCAGAAAGCUUCUUCACAACUAGAAACUUUUUUUUUUUUUAAAUGAGAGGUUAGAUCCUGCAGAAGAGGAUUCAUGCUCCCUGGUAUACUUACCAGCCAUGGGCAUGUGGUAAGCUAGGAUGGGUAAGGAACCGUGUCCCUAGCCUCCAAACAUCCAAUAGGGAAUGAUCCUUCAUUAGCUGAGAGGGAUGUAAUUGAGCUCUUCCAUCUACCAUGUGCUCUCGGCUUCUGCAUACCAUUCCACGCUCAAGCUGUGUGGCUAUCCAGUUCCCUUCUGGGGUGGGCUUGUUGCUACCUGUCUAACUUAUGACUGGAAGUGGCUUCUUUCUUCCCUGGUCUGUAAAAUCCCACAAGAUUACUUCCAUGGCCUUCUGCCCUGUCUACCUGCAUAGUCAUUUUAUCACUCCCUUCUAGCUUUAACUCGGGCUGAUUAUAUUCUACUGCAUGUAACUUGACACCUUCAACAAUCCCUCUCUUGACCAGUUAAACGUCUGGCCUCAUUUUAACUCCCAUCAGCUUAAAGUCUUCAAGCCCCACCUGUUUCUCUUGGGCAAGAGGACCUCCCUCCCAUCCAACUCCAUUUCCCCUCUUGACACACACUUGUGGUUUGUUUUUGCUGUCUGAACUCUCCUCUCCUUCCCACAGCCUCAAUGGCUGCAUAUUUGCUUAGAUAAACGUCUUUGUUCUGGCCACUUUGAGGGAAUAAUCAUGCCCAGUGGGGGGUUAAUUUUGUGUGAGACUGCCGAGCUAAGGGACUUUGAAAGCUAGUAACUCAUUCCUUCAGCACAUUACCCAUGGCAGUGUUACCUGGGCUGCCCCUCUGCUUAAAUUCUCCUGUUACUUUAGUCAGUGAAUGCAGCCCCUCUCCAAAAUCCACUCUCAUCUGCAUAUAUCCUCUGUUUAUCAACCCCAUCCUCAAACAACUCUGCUAGAUCCUUGAGCGUUCAAGAUCCUUUAAAAAAUAUGCUUUGUACAAACCCUGCCCGAAAUGCCCCCGAAAAGCGGCGUCACCAAGAGGCAUCGUUCCCCGAAAUGCCACUGAUUUGCAGCGGCGACACCUCUUAACGUUGCCGCUUCUCAGCAGCAUUUCGGCAGAUGCUUGUCCGCCGGCCAUGGUCCUUGGCGGCUUGUUGUCCAGCGCCCGCCACCUGGAAAAGGUUGGGGCCCACUGCUUCAGAUGAAAGGCACGCUACAAGAUAGUGUCUUAUGACCUGGGGACUUUCUCACUGGAGCAGCUAUUUAACUAGCUGCCCUUUGGCAGAGGUCACUCUGCUGCUGCUGGACACACUUGUUUGUAUCAAAACUGUCUUGGAGCCCCUGUCUCUUUCUACCACCUCCCCCUAGUGACGUGGAAAACAAGCACAAUGUCCCAGUGACAGUGAUGACAUCGCUGCAGGAGCCGCUAGCAACCACACAGUGUCAGCACAAAGCCCUGGUUUCAAUCACAGAGUUUUGGCCAUUAGAAUCAUAGAAAUGUCGGGCUGGAAGGGACCUUGGGAAACCAAGUCCAGCCCCCUGCGCUGUGGCAGGACCAAGUAAACCUCGACCAUCCCUGACAGGUGUUUGUCCAACCUGGGGAUUCUAACAACCUCCCUUGGAAGCCUGUUCUAGAGCUUAACUCCCCUUAGAGCUGGAAAGAUUUUCCCAGAAUCUAACCUAAAUCUGCCUUGGUGCAGAUAAGGUAGGACAUGUAAUGGGCCUACAGUGGACAUGGAGAACACUUGAUCCCCAUCAUUUCUAUAACCACCCUUAACAUAUCUGAAGACUGGAGUCAGGUCACCCGUCACUCUGCUUUCCUCAAGACUAAACAUGCCCAGUGGUUUAACCUUUCUUUAUACUUCAGGCUUUCUAAACCUUAGAGCAUUUUUGUUGCUCCCCUCCGGAUGCGCCUCCCGUUAUCCCCAUCUGUCCUGAAGUGUGGUGCCCACAACUGGACACCGUAGUCCAAGGGACAAAUAAAGUGAGACGAGAUUAGUGUUUGAGUCGGUGGGUUACAGUCUGGCUCCCUCUUUCCUAACUCCCCUAGCAGUGGGCCACCUGUGUGCCCUCAGCCCCAGGAGCGCUCCAGAGCUCUUAGCCCUCGAGAGGGGGGAAGUCACCUUUGCGGGUAUGUUACUAGUCCUGUCUAUCUGCCCGAGCUGGGACGCAUGCUCCCAGCUCCGGGGCAGGUGUAUCCUAAGUGUGUUGGCUUCUCUGUAUGUCAGCUCCCAUCUCCUCCUCCUCCCACCCUUGGCCUUGCCCACCCCUUCUGCUUGCUUCUCCACAUGCUUUUACGCUGCCUCCAAGCCUAGAACAGUCCCCAUUAUUGACUCCCCUCACAUCUGACAUCUUUGGGCACCUCCAGUCACUCAUCAUCUCUGCAGCCCCCUCUAUGCCUGUCCUCACGCCUGCUCUUAAGAGAUUAAGCUCACUUUCUUGCCUAGCAAUCUGCCCUGUCCCCUCUGGUCUGUCUCUUCAUCAUGUCUAUUUCAGAUGUAUGGCGCAGGCACUCUGUUUUAUGGCUGUGCACAUCAAUUGUACUAGACCCCGCUACAGUGAUUAAAUCUUUUUCAUUCCCUUCCCAUCAUGGACUACUAUGAGCCUCUCACUCUGGCCAAGUGCAGUGGUGGCUACUGAUGGUUCAACCAGUGUUUAUUUUUGGAAAUGAUCUUGCAUUUGUACAGUACCCUCACAGUUAGAAGGAUCUAAUGGUGUUUUACCAACUACAUACAAGAGAUUAUUUCAUCUGUUGAUGACAUGCAGCCACCUCUGGGGUGAAACACCAGCCAUUCAACAGUGCAGCAACCCGUUAGGACACAAGCGAAGAAUGCUGUGUCUGUUUAAAUCAGAGGAGGGGAUUCAGGGAGGCAGAAAGUAAUUGCAGGAGGUGGAAUUUGAUCAGUACACUGGUGUUUCGACGCUUGGAGAAAGCACUGUGAGAACUCAGCAGGAUCUUGGUUUUGUGUGUCCUUGGAAAAGGGAUUGCCAUGUUUCCAGCUGCGAGUGAAGUCUGCAAUAGCCAAUUCUCCAACCACUGAAAUGGUAGGAGGGAACUAGCCCUUUGCAUGUCAAACAGGUGGGUCAGGGUAGAAGAGAGUUUCCUCACGUCUGCAAAUCAUUGCCAGAGAAACCAGGCAAGCUACUGUUUCAAGUCUUAGUCCAAGGGGCCAAACAUUCAAACAGCAACAUGCUGUAUCCAUUCAAAACCAAACACACUCUCCCAAUCCGAUCUUUCCAGAGGAUGGUUGGGGGCUGUGCCUGUAAGUUGCAGUCAUGAUUAUGAGACCAAACUGGAUUGCAGUGGAGAACAGUCUGAAGAGCAAUUUCUUUGGGACUUGUUAAUCCACAGCAAAGGGAAAGUUUGCUGUCCCAAGCAAAGCUGUACUGAUAUUCACGCCCCGUGCUCGACAUGACCCCCCUAAAGGGGUUAGCUUCCAUAAAGCAGAAGCUGCCAACAACAGUUGUCUCACUUUUGGGACACGGUCAGCCAACGAGAGUAUGUUCAGAUGAUGUAAUAGCUUCUAACUUGUGUGUCAUUGGUUAAAAGUGUUGUCACUCGCUAUUGUCCUGGAGAGUUACAGGGGUGAAGUUGGACAGAGAUCCUCUUUCUUAUCCAGUUCAGCCAAACUCAUUAAAUGCUGAAAUGGUUUUUCUAAUUCUCCUCUGCGCUGUGGAUUAGUAUGGUCCAAACCCGCCAAGUCACUUCUCAGGGCCUAGAAUUGAGGAUAACGUGAAAUUACUGAUCAUGUAAAUGAGCUGAGAUUCUUAGGGCACUAGCCUGAGCAGUGCUUAGCCACUUCCAAUGCAUUGGGGCCUAGACGUGGCCAUGUCAUCCCCUCGCUCUUGCCAGGCCCUGAAGAAGGCUGCACAUUGGGUUUAGAAAGUGAUAUGCUAGUUGACUAAUCUUGAGCAAGCAGUUCAGGGAUGUCUGCCACAGUGAUACACAAAACCAGUGCAUGCAGUUCAACAUUAUUAAUGAUAAAAGGCAUCUAUCUAAUCUCAGAAUAAUCCCCAGAGCAACAUCCAGUGUCGGUUCAUUCUCCUGAAUGAUUACAAGGAAAGACAAAAUGCAUUAAACCCUUAGUCCAGCCUUUACAUUAAGGUAUUUAAAAUGAUCUAACCUGGAGUGAUAAAUUGGUUCAGAAAUACAUUCCAAUCGAUCAGACAGUGUUUCCAUUAUGUAUAAGAUCCAGUGCUUUUAAUCCUCUCCAAUUUCUGUCACACAGGGGAGAGCUAGUUCAUUUCAAGCAAAAUUUAGGUGACAGAUUCCCUUACGCUUGGAACCGAUCUUGCAGCUUUCCACUAGGCAGUCUCCCUCUGAUACGAAUUAAAGUUUCUGCCAGUUUCUUGAAGUCCACACUGAGCACAUUAUUACUGUAGAAUAGAGAGUAAUAAAACUUUUCUAUUUCCGCAUUUGCAUUGGCCUCCUAAAACCUCUUUUGCUAGAGAGCCAGUGUGGUUAUUCUAGCCUAGAGCAUGAGUAACCGGAGCAUCCGUGUAUUAACGUGAACUGUUCUUGCACUGUAGUUAGCUAGUAGAGAA